AUGGCCAACGUCGACGUCCAUCCCAGCCCUAUUCCACCCCCGGGUAAAACUCUGGAAGAUGACCAGGCCUACGAAGAAGAUGAACUCUCCCACAAGCCAAUGUCUGCUGCCAGAUAUGUGGCGACUCGACUCUCCACGCUCAAGCCGCCGAUGGCAAAGGCUCCAAACCCCUUCGCGCUGUUAGCCAUGCUCAAUACCCAACAAUGGCUGUUCUUCCUCGUCGCAUUCUUCGGUUGGACCUGGGAUGCCUUCGAUUUCUUCACCGUCUCUCUCACCGUCACCGACCUAGCCGAGGACUUUGGCAAAUCGAACACCGACAUCACUUGGGGUAUCACCUUGGUGUUGAUGUUCCGUUCUGUCGGCUCGACCAUUUUUGGCAUUGCUGCAGACCGGUACGGUCGCAAAUGGCCGUUCAUCAUCAACAACAUCCUCUUCAUAAUACUCGAACUCGGCACCGGCUUUUGUCAGACCUACAAGCAGUUCCUGGCAGUGCGUGCACUUUUUGGUAUUGCAAUGGGUGGCUUGUAUGGGAAUGCUGCUGCCACGGCUCUGGAAGAUUGUCCGGAAGCCGCCCGCGGGAUUAUUUCGGGCAUGCUCCAACAAGGCUACGCUUUCGGCUAUCUUCUCGCAACCGCAUUUGCCCGCGGCCUGGUCAACACCACCUCCCACGGAUGGAGACCUCUUUUCUGGUUCGGCGCCGGACCUCCUAUCCUCAUCAUCCUCUUCCGUCUGUGUCUUCCUGAAACCAACACCUUCCGAGCUCGCCAGGCCCUCCGCAAGCAACAAGGUAGUCUGGCUGGUACCUUCAUCUCCGAGGGUCGAGUCGCCCUCAAGCGCCACUGGCUGUUGCUGCUGUACUUGAUACUCCUGAUGACAUCUUUUAACCUGCUUAGUCACGGCUCGCAAGAUCUUUAUCCCACUCUAUUAUCUAAUCAACUGCGCUUCUCCGCUGAUGCCGUUACGGUAACCCAAGUUGUGGCGAAUCUGGGCGCGAUGACAGGCGGCACGACCAUAGGGUACUGCUCACAGAUCUUCGGACGCCGUCUCAGCAUCAUCUUUAUCUGCAUUGUGGGCGGGGCGUUGCUGUAUCCGUAUACAUUUGUGAGCUCCAAGGCUGUGAUCGCCUCGGCGUUUUUCCAGCAGUUUUGCGUGCAGGGCGCAUGGGGCGUCAUUCCCGUGCAUUUGAUGGAAUUAGCCCCAGGCUCCAUCCGCACAUUCGUGGUCGGAACUUCCUACCAGCUCGGGAAUCUGGCCUCUUCUGCUUCGUCCACCAUCGAAUCGACCAUCGGCGAACGUUUUCCGCUGGCACCUCUUCACAAGAAUGGCAAAACCGUCAAACGCUAUAAUUACGGCAAAGUCAUCUGUAUUUUCAUGGGAGCGGUGUAUGCAUACACUAUCCUCAUAACUUUUAUCGGGCCAGAAAAGAGAGGUCGGAAUUUGAGCGUUGAGCACGAUCCGGACAUGGCUGAGGUCACACACCACGACCUGGGACGACAGCAGGAAACGGAUGUUGCACACGGCGAGUCCAGCGAGGAAGACAAGGCUGUGAGGGAACAGCAGGAGAAGGUUUGA